AUGAGCCUGUUCCCAACAAUCAGCAGCGGAUUUUCCAAGAGACGAUAUGAAGCUUUACCUCACGAGGUAGAUAAGACUCUGAAUAUCUGCCUGAUAUGCACUGUAUUCUUUACCACUGUCAUCCUUUUCCUACUUCUCGCCGUGUCAUUUGACACGUACUUGCACUCGGAGAAGAACGCAGCUCUGCGUGGAAGUCUUUACUGGUCACCAAUUCUUGAUGAUGUGGAGCUACCCCAGCGCAUAGCGACGAUGAACAGCACUCUCUUACCGCCACCAGAUCCGUCCAUCGCCCGUCAAGAACCAGGACCAGAGAACGAUGCCGAGUGGUACAAGUACAAUGACACACCACUGUUCUGGCUCACUCGGGAGGAGAUUGAAAAGCUCGGCCAGAACCCUGGUACGGCUGCAAGAUGGGACCGUGAGUAUUGGGGACACGAGGAAGACCUCUUUGUGGGAAAGUUAGAUAUAUCACACCAAAUACACUGCUUGGAUAGCCUCCGAAAAAAGGCCUAUGCUGAUUAUCCGGGCUAUCAUCCCGAACACCAUCACAGCAAGCGGAAGGGGAGUAGUAACAAUAUGGACUGGAUCCAUCUAGGCCACUGUCUAGAUAUGCUUUGCAGACAAGAGGCGCCUUGGCCCGACUUCCAUCUCAAGCGCCAAUGUGGGAAUAUUGACCCCAUGCUCGAGUGGGCAAAAGGUCGAGAAGUCGGAGAUUGGCAUAUUGCGCCCCGGCCAAAGGAUGCAUACCUCUGGCCUAAUCCAUUUGUAGGAGAGCCAGACUUUGAAAUAGGGUAUCCUCUAGGGCAUCAUCACCAAGGGGAGGGCAACCCUCGUCCGAAUCCGUCUUCAAAUUCAUGAAUGUCCUGGUAGUAAAUGUCGGAGAUGAUGUAUGGCGGAGACCAGUUUUCGUGUUUGCGGUGUGGUGCGUGUAUCUACCAAUAUUGCUAUUCCACUGUGUGAUUACCUAGGGGGAUUCAGUUU